AUGCCACCCGCGGAUCCUUACCUGACGCUGGGCAGCUGCGUCCUUCGACCCUACAAGACGAGCGACAUCGACGCGCUCGUGCGCGCGGCCAACAGCCCUCGCGUGGCCCAGUGGAUGCGCAACACGUUCCCCCAUCCGUACACGCGCCACAGCGCCGAGGUCUGGAUCGCCGUCGCCACCCGCUGGGCACCGGUGCGCGACCUGGCCAUCUGCACGGCCGACGGCGACGACGGUGACGACGGCGAGCAUGCCAGUGGCACCGUGAUGGGCGGCAUCGGGCUCAAGCUGCGCGAGGACAUCCAGCACCGCACCAUGGAGCUCGGGUACUGGCUCGGCGAGGCGUACUGGGGCUGCGGCAUCGCGACGGACGCCGUGGCCGCCUUUUGCGGGUGGGCGUUUGCGACGUUCCCCCUGCUGCUGCGGCUCGAGGCCCACGUGUUUGAUGGCAACGAUGCCAGUGCGCGGGUGCUGGAAAAGGCCGGCUUUGCAUUCGAAGUGCGGCAGCGGCAAAGCAUGGAAAAGAACGGCAUCGUGAUGGAUACAUUGGUCUAUGUCAAGUUCCGACCAGAGGGGAUGGAGUGA